UGGUUUUCAAUAUGGGAAACUGGUGGCAGUGCAACAUUUUGUCGUUUUUCUUUGUACUUUUAUUAGUCCUAUCAAAUGGAAUCUCGUUUAAUAGGGAUUUUGACUUUUCCACAAGUUUCGUCGACGAUACCUCUGAAGAACAAAGCAAUGGCGACAAAGACCCGUUUAUUCCAACUAUAACUGCUAGCGAAAGAGCAAAGCAACAACCACCAAAUGCAACGGCCAGCAUAUAUUCGUCUGAUUAUUUCAUGAAUGACUUCAGUGUACUUGAGGCUACCGAUGAACCAAAAACUUCAAGAAUCGAGACAGAGAUUGGGUUAUUUGCUGAAUCCAACUGCUACGGAACUAAUAUAUUUGUUUGCUACACGGGAGAAUGUAUAAAUGGAACUCAAAUAUGUAAUGGAUACUACGACUGCCCACUCGGUGAGGAUGAAAGUUUGGAUUGUGGUGAAUGGAUAACGAUGGUAUUCGCACUAGUCUCCAUGGUCAUAGGGACACUUUUUGCUUUUCUUUUUAUGUACAUGUAUUAUCUCCGUGUUCAAAUGUUGGAAGAGGACGUUUUCGUUCGACCGGGCGGUGACAUGGUCAGCGAUUCUUACCGAAGAUACGUUCAACUAGUUGAAAUCGCUUUAAAAAUGACGGAGGACGCGUCAAGAAAAACAUAAGAUUUACAAAACACAUUUGCAUAUAGUACCAUAACCAAGUUAUCAAUAUCGCCAUACAAAUAAAUAAGAAAGCUCAUGCAA